AUGAAAAUUAGUCAAAUCGAGAAAACUCGAUUGUGCAGUGAAAUAGCUAAGACAGGAAGAACCGUUACAGAUAAAAUUAUAUUACUUAUUCUUGAUCAGGAUAAACAAGACGAGCCAAUAGAUAUACUUAAAUUAAUAUCCAAAAAUCAAACGAUUCCAGAAGAAUUACAAGAUAAAAUAAAAUUAUCCUUGGAUAUUCGUUCAAUGAUAAACAUCGAUCCAACACUCUUAGACAAUUCGGAUAAUCGUUUGAAACCAUUCAUUGAUGGUUUGGAAAAUGCCAUUAUAUCUAAAAUAAUAAAUGAGAAUAUUCUUAAUGCAUAUAAAGAAAUCGUUAAACAAACACGAUGUCAGACAAAGAAUUUUCCUAAAGUAUUCGACGUUUUUAUAGACAUAUUAAAUCAGGAUAAGAACUAUGCGAAAUUCGACUUUGAUAUUCUUGUAUGUAUUGCUUUAGCAUCUGAAUCUACACAAAUUUCAGAAUUAAAACAUCUAGAAAAUUAUCUUUCUGAUGAUAAUGAAAUGAUUCGUAGUUGUUCAUUUAGAAGUUUAAGAGCAGCUCAUGAGAAAGGUUCAUACUCUUCAAUAUUUAAAAAAUGUUGUGAUAAUAUUAUUGAUAAACUACAAGAAAAAACUAAAAUUAAAGUGGAUUUAGAUUUAGAUUUAUUCGAAACAAUAGCUUCAUUAAAGUUCAACGAUUUUGAUCAAAUUCGUGAUAAACCAAAAGAUCAAUGA